AUGGAGGGCAGGAGAUGCGUUGCACCGGAGGUGCCGCCGGCGGGGCGAGAACAGUGCGAGGCCGAGUGGAAGGUGCUCGCGGCAGCGAUCCGCUGCCGCCAACUGACGCCCCCCGCCACUGCUGCCACUGGGGACGCGGCCGCAUUUGACGGGUUGUCGCACUACGACGGGGACGUGUUCAAGACGGUGAUGGACCUGACCUCCGCCACUCAGUUGGACCACGGCCUGAGCAGGACCGCCAGCGUGACCGUUGUUCUCGACUGCCUGGGGCUUGGCAGCGACGCCAUCGCAGGUCGGCACGUUUUCCUGCCGACGGAGGGGCGGCGGUCGCCCUGA